AUGGUAGACCCCAAAGAACACCCUGUUCCGGUCACAUUUCCCAUCAGUUCGUGGCCACCCUCAAUGAUCGCCACUGUGACUUCCCCAUCCACACUAGGCCGUCCGUCAAGCACUCCGUCAACAACAAUGUCCUUCUUGCCUGUGACGACCACCACAGAUCUCGUUUGCACAGCCAGCGUUUUGGCGACAGACACGGCCGACUCCAGCGCCUCCUCAGACCCAGAGUCGACGCCGCGCAUGGACUUCUGGAUCCCUGCAGCGGUGAAGAUCUCGCCCUGGUUGCCCUUGAUGACCGUCAUGUAG